CUCUCUCUCAGUCUCUCUCUCUGCUUUCUGUGGCGUCUCGAUCCCGCCCAGCUAUUACCUGUACAACCCACUAAUACAUAUUAUUCUUUUUCAUAAGUAAAACCCAGUUGUUAUUUCUCCGUUUUAGUUUAAAUAAUAAACUCUCUGCUAAUUGUUUCACCUCAAAGCUCGAAUCUUUCUUUGAUCUGCGCCUCAGCUCAAGGUUCAAACUAAUGUACUCUUAACCCACCACAACAACAUUGAGGGUAGCAAUUUUGGCAAUGCUUACAUACGAGCAAGACCCGGAUGUUGUUCGCUGGGGACUCCAGCUCUUUGAAGGUGAUCCGUAUUUGAAUUGUGGGUAUUGUGACUCAGUUAACCAAGAUGGCACUAAUUAUUAUGCGGGGCAUUAUUUUAAGGAAGAUGUGGUGUAUGAUGCGGAUUGUAUAAAUGUGGAAUAUGAUGAACUUAUUGCUCAUGCUCUUCAAGAAGAGCUGUCACUACUUGAUAUAGAGGACGAGCCGGGAUCUGCGCCUGAGCACGUAGAGCAUUUGCAAGCAUCUGUCUUCCCACAAGAUUGGUCACAGCAAUCUAUUGGAAAUUAUGGCUCUGGACAGGAGAGUGUUCAGGCAGAGGCAGAUGAAGUUGGGCCUUCUACUUCGUGUUCUAGCCCAGAUGAAAAGUCGUACUAUGGAGAUGAGUUGUCAUAUUCCCUAGAGCUGGCUAAUGAAUAUACAUUUGAUGGAGAGAGGUUGAACCAGAUGGUUCCUGUCCCUCAUGUUCCUAAAAUUAAUGGUGAUAUACCCUCGCUAGAUCAAGCAAUUUUAGAUCACCAAAGGCUUCUGGACAGGUUGCAGUUAUAUGGGUUGGUUGAAAAUAAGGUCCAAGGAGAUGGAAACUGUCAGUUCCGCGCUUUAGCUGACCAAUUUUAUCAAUCUCCUGAACACCACGAAUUUGUGAGACAACAAAUUGUAAAUCAGCUCAAGUCAUACCCAGAGAUAUAUGAAGGAUAUGUUCCCAUGGCUUAUGAUGACUAUUUGGAGAAGAUGUCCAGGAGCGGUGAGUGGGGCGAUCAUGUUACUUUACAGGCUGCUGCAGAUUUGUAUGGAGUUAAAAUUUUUGUCAUAACAUCUUUCAAGGACACCUGCUACAUUGAGAUUCUUCCUAAUGCUGAAAGAUCGAAACGAGUAAUUUGUUUGAGCUUUUGGGCAGAGGUGCACUACAACCCAAUUUAUUCUGAAGGAGAUUUGCCUACAUUUGAGACGAAGAAGAAGAAGAAAAGGGGGAUGUCACGUAAUAAGCACUUGGAGUCCCCAAAUAAAUACCAAUGAUUGAAUGGGUUCUCGUUUAAUGUGGAUUUUGAGGACAUAUUACAACGGAUAACUGCUGCUAAUUGUCUUAAUACAUGUCUGUAAACGCAACGUCUCUAGUCCACUCAUAAAUAAGAUGCUCUACUGGUUAUGAGACCUUUUUACCAGUUUGUUACUGGUUGCUAACUCCAUUGUAGUUCUUUGGCACCUCAAGACUAUCCUAUAUAUGUGCAGAAUAUUCUUGGCUUGAGCAUGGAAGUUUUUAUAGUUAGCAUUCUGUACUUAUAGAAUGUGAUACUUGGUGUGCUUAAUUGCCUACUUUUAUGCGACUGAAACUUGAAUCUCAUCUCAGUGAGUUAUAUGUAAAUCUUCAUUCCUUUACUAGGGCUCAUUUAAGA